AUGAACAAACCCAGAGUACCUACAACCCCACUUGCAACCAACAAUGUCUACGAAUGGUUCAAAGAGUCCAAGUCAAAAUUGGUGCCUUCUGGUUGGCUUUACUACCAAGUGGACACUUUUGCGGACGUUAUAACAUGUGAAUAUAUGAUUCGAGAAAUCGUCCAACGCGAGCAGUGCCUCAAAAAUGAACUUCAAACAUUUCGAAAAAUCGGGGCAGGUUCUUCUCACGACAAAGAAGAAGAAUACACCCAGGAGCUCGCAAAGUUGCCGCGUCUAUACAGUGAGGCCGAGUACAAGCUCUAUCAAGCCGAGACAAAGAUCCCCGGUGGCUGCAUGAGAUCAGGUUAUGACGAUCUUCGACAAGACACAACUUGGUAUCUUAGAAUAGAGCUUGUUGAAGACUGCAAGAAAAGGGGCGGUUGCUGUAGCCGCAGCUGUGGGUGUUGCGAAAAUCGCCACGAACGAGCCGUGAGAAGCAGGGGACUGGGGCAUUGUACGACUAGUUGCGCCUGCUGCGUUAGCGAACGGGGUUUCGAAUAUACUGCCCAAGAGAGGCAAAGAUUUAUCGACGAUCUUAAAAAUCGGCUUUACGACGAUAGUCCCGCUUUUGUGAUCCAGAUGGUAGACGCUUUUUUCUUCCCGUCAUCCGAAAAGCCUCGUGACAAGAAACACAGGCUUUCAAAUCGGGAACAGAAGUCUCCAGGAAACAUGUGGAAAACACUGAAGAGCAAAACUGAGCUUUUUGGGGCUGGACUAUAA